UGACGGCGCGCGGCGGCGGCGGCGGGAUGGACGGGGCGCGCGCGGGGCGUACGGCGGGGUUGGCGCGCGCCGUGCUGGAGCGGGCGCGGCGGCGGCGGGAGCGGGAGCGCGCGGCCUCGGCCCCGGAGGAAGACUCGGAGCGGCUCAGCGCUGCGUUCGCUUCCGUCAUGAGUUUCAUGGCCCAAGCCACGCGGGAAUGCGAGAAGUACUACAGCCUUGUGCCGGCCUGCAGGUGCGGAGAGCACGAAGUGAGACACAUCUGCAGGUAUCACGGCCGGCAAGCGGGAGAGGAAGAGCUGCAGUCCGCCGAAGACAAGAAAAGUGCAGCUUCUGCAGCGUCCAGUCAAGCUAGAACUUGCCAGCAACGUACCAAGAAAGCUUCCAAAGACAUCUACAUCGAAGUCUCUCCUGGCAUUUAUUCUAUCACAGCAACCUCUGAGGACAUGGUGAAACAAACCCACGUGGUGGAUGUCAGUGCUGGACAAAGCAUUGAUUUGACUUUUGUGCUAUGACAUUUAUCGUUUGCUGGCAAUCAUGGGAAUAAAAUACUAGGAUUUUUUAAAGCAUAUAAUGAAUCGUGUGUAACUAUUUCUUAUUAGCAUUUUAAUACAAUCCUCUUCUUUGGGAGUCCAUUUUUAUGGCCUGUAUAUUUAUUUGCUAACUUAGUGCAAUUGUGUGCAACCCACUUUGUACACUGAUUUUAUAAAUGUUUGUACAUUGUGUCUCUUAAUUCAAAUCAUGCGACUAUGUAAUUCCAGGUUCUUAAGCUUGAAACAAUUAAAGAUACAAUCAGUGGAAUAAA